CCAAGAACAGCCUCUCCUUCUUUUCCUUCUCUUCUUCUUCUUAUUCUCUCACUCGUUUUUUUCUUUCGUCACUCCAGGAUUAAAUCCCUUAUAAUCUACUCCUGGUCUGUUGACGAUAUUACGCUCUUUAUGAAUUGAUUUGCUCUCUCUGCCUUGCCGUCGUCGAUUUGUAUAUCUAUCUAUCAAUUAAUCGAUCUAUCGAUCUAUCUAUCUAUCGAUAGACAAUGUCGAAAUUCAGUCUUUACAGUCUCGUGGGCCUUCUGGUCGGGACAUACGCAUACGAUUGGCCGACAGACGGCUCAGAUCUCCAGACUUUUGUGACGAUGCCCGAUGUCUACACAAUUCAAUGGAAUAUCACCCACUAUGACAGAGAGAGAGCUGCCCCGGGCUAUUGGUUUAUAGCCCCCUACGCAACCUACACGCCCGAGCCGGCAAGUAAGAUCUGGCAGCCGCAUCAGGUCGGCUCACAAAUCUACGACUCGGAUGGCGAGCUGGUCUGGGUCCACAUGAACAACUAUGACGGCGACAACCGCAAUGAGAUGGACUUCCGCGUUCAGGAUGGUCAGGACGGCGAGAAACUGCUGACCAUGAUCGUCAAGAUGGGCUUCAACAGCCACAAGAGCGGUGCCUGGGACAAGGGCACCGCCAUCAUCAUGAACGACCGCUACGAGGUCAUCCAUCGUCUGCACGAGCCCGAUGAAUUCAGCGAGUUCAACGCCCACGAGUUUCAGCUCACCGAUGGCGGUCGCUCCGCGCUCGCCACCCCGUACUGGGGCUUGCACGUCCCCCUGACCGACUGGGGGCGCCCCGAGGAGGAGAGCUGGGUGGCCGCGGGAGGCAUCAUCGAGCUCGACGUGACGGACUCCGCUGUCCUCUUUCAGUGGAAUUCCAUCAACCAUAUCCCCCUCUCCGAAUCCGUCCAUCUCGGCCCGGAAACCGCCAUCGACCCCCAGCCCAACGGAUUGGACUACAUCCACGUCAACUCCGUCGACAAGCUGCACGGCAACUACCUGCUCUCGUCCCGCUUCACAAGCACCAUCUACUGCAUCUCCGGCAUCGACAAGCAAAUCCUCUGGCGUCUGGGCGGCAAGUUCUCCGACUUCACCCAGGACUUCACCUUCUCCAAACAGCACCACGCCCGCUUUAUCUCGGGCAACGACACCCACACCGUCAUCUCCUUCAUGAACAACGCCUCCGAUGACUGGUCCAACGACGAGCCCACCUCGUCCGCCAUGUACGUCCAGCUCAACACCGUCACCAUGACCGCCACCGUCCUCCACAGCUACCCGCGGCCCGACGGGCAGCUCAGCCGCAUGCGAGGCAGCAACCAGCUGCUGCCCAACGGCAACGUCUUCGUCUCCUGGAGCGAGGACGGCUACCAGUCCGAAUUCGCCGAGGACGGCACCCUGCUCAUGGAGGCCCGCUUCAGCUCCAAGCGCUUCAACACCUACCGUGCCUUCAAGCACGAAUGGGUCGGCCGUCCCACCUACCCGCCCACCCUCGUCGCCCAUGUCCACGGCACCGGUGCCGACACGGGCUUCACCACCGUCUUCCACAUCAGCUGGAAUGGCGCCACCGAGGUCAAGCUCUGGCGCUUCUUCGCACGCGACAGCCAGAGCGGAGACCCCGUCUACAUCGGCAACGCAACCCGCUCCGGCUUCGAGACCAUCUUCACCACCAAGGGUUAUCUGGACUGGGUAUGUGCCGAAGCCAUCAACGCCCAGGGCAUCUCCAUGGGCUGGUCCAAGGUUUCACGCAGUCGCUUCCCAGACCUGCCGCGGCACGUCUCCCCGGCCGACUAUCUUGGCGUCACCCCCGACGAUCCUACCGUGCUGUACGCUAAAUCUAGUGCGACAUCCUCCUCCUCCAACCAUUUCAUGAAGACCAUCGAAAGCAUCAAAAACACCCAACCCACCCAGACAACAACUCUGUACAUAGCCCUGGCCGCCAUCACGCUUUCCGGUCUGACCUUCCUUGUCCUUCUUUUCAAAAACUUGCCGUUCUUCCACCGGAGAAAAUACCAACUUGUACGAUCCGAUGAAGAGGGAUCAAUCCACUCCAACUAGUUCGACUUAUGUCUUCUCCAUCACGAAACUUUCAUUUUCUUCUUCUACGAUCCCUUUUCCCGGCGGCGCAUCUGGAUGGUUGGUGUAUUAUUCAUUACUUCAUUACAUGCUCUAAUCAUGGUUCACCACUUUUGCAACCUUUUCUAUCUUACAUAUCAGCGUUCUACAUUACAGUCAUAUAGCAGAGCCAAGAGUCAUCAGAUUAUUCUUCUUAAUAAAUAUUCUUCAUACAUUAC